CGAGCGGAGCUCCGCGGCGGACCUCAGUGAAAGCAGUAUCAGUCAGCGACGCGGAGGAGAGGCGAGUCCAGGUGGACGCGGAGCCUUGGAGCAUCAGCAGAAGGUCGGAGCUGCUCUCUGGAACCGAACAGAACCGCGGCUUCCUCCGCCCCCUCGCCCCGCGUCUCUGGCCCUGGUUCUGCCCGGGAUGUGGCCACCGAGCCGGGCUCCACUGCGGACACACGCCCCUCGCUCACGAGCCCAUGAGUCGCGCUGGAAAAUGUAGGUGACAUUUUUCUUCUUCUGAACCGGAACCAAGCGGAGGAGACAACAGGUCCAGUGUGACAACUGAUCAACAACCUCGAAUGUAAAGGAAACGACUCAGAAGAGGAACAAGAACAAUUUGUUUUUUCGAUAUAAAAACCAAAAACCUGCUGCCAAACUGACAAAAGAAGAAGAUGGAGAAGAGCCUCAUAGAGCUUUAUUACUGUUGGAGAAGCUGCUUUAGUGUUUCUGUCCCGACACAUCAGCACCCCAUGAGACCAUAAUCACCCCACAGUCGUCGCUAGUGUUGCUGUGAAUCUGCUGCUAACGUACUUCGGAUCGGCACGUGUUAGAAGGGACAUCUGGUCGGCUGCACGACUUUUUCUUCCUCAAAUGGAAAACAUGCAAAUCCGAACCUUCCACUGUAUUUCCAUGGAAGUUCCGAGCGAGCCGAAGCCAUAACCACCACCAGCCAUACGACUCACGACAUUCAGGGAGCUGGUCGAGCUAACACCUCGUCCGCUUUUCAGUUUUUCUACCCGCGACUUCUGACGACUUCCCGUCAUCGACUUUCCUCCGAUCUGCUUUGACGGAUGAAUCCGGAGACUUUCAUGUCUGUUCUGUGGGCAGAACCUCGCUGUUCCGCCCGCACCGGGCCCAAGCCCUCCUUUGGUCUCUUCGGUUGGGCAAAGCUAAGUUCCGAGCAGAGACACUCGAGUACGGAAUGCACAUAGACUGCUUACACCAUCAUCUUCUGUGAAUGCCUUGAUGUCACGCCAACUCCCGACUGAACCUUUAUAUUCCGUCGAAGAACCUUUACUGACUUUGAGGGAUCGUAAACGCGUUAGCUUGUGCCAAAUUCAAACGACCUGUUCUUAACUGCGAGCUUCUUACACCAGUUUUCCACAAAGAAAAGUGCCAAACUCAGAACGUUUGUCCAAACUCAUUGAAGUUUACAUGCAUUCGAUGUUUACAGACACGAUUUCCUUUCUCGAGAGACUCACGCAUCUGUGCCAUGAACAAAGAGACUCUUGAAGACAGUGGCGGGUGUUUUUAACAAUUCAGGCCAGCUGGAUGAUGUUUCUUGCAACGACGUGCUGCCAUACUGAAAACUUGGACGGUGCCCAAUGUGAGGACCAGCGCUUCACUCGGGCCUGAAACUCUAAAUGACCUCAUUGUUUACAAAAGCUGCUCAACGUGAAGUUUCCAGAACUGUUUACAUAGAAGAGUGAAGCGUCUGGAACUUUGCUCGUGUGCCGUCCCGCCAAUUUUGAUAUUUUUGUAAAUCAACGCUGUAGGGAUUUUUUUUCCCACUAAAGACUCGUUCGGAAUCAACGAUGAGACCUGCAACUUCAGUGAGGAUGUUGUCCGUGUCCCUCCUGCUUUCACUCUCCUGCCUCUCCGUCUCCACGGUAACCCUCGCCAAUGAGAGACGCACUGUGGAAAACGCUGUCAGGACUCUGACCGGAAAAUCUGAUGCUGCUACUGGAAAGUCCAGCGCUACCAUGUUGCUCCUUACCGGGUACAAGCGGCCGUCGCUUCCCUCUGGACCUAAAGUGGCCCCUAAAAAAGCAGAGGUGGAGGACGGCGAGGACUCCCCUGUCAUGGCGGAGGUCCCCCCGAAGCCCCUCCCACAGACGAUGCUGCCGAGGAACGUGACUUCAGAGGCUUUGAAACCGCCUCUCGGUGCCGCCCAAGUGGCUCCGCCCCCAAGACAACUGGUGGAUGUGGAUGUUUGCAGGGGCUACUUCGACGUGAUGGGUCACUUUGACAGCACCUUCAACUGCUCCAAAGGAAGCUACAUCUACUGCUGCGGAACAUGCCACUACCGCUUCUGCUGUGAGCACCAGAGGAACCGCCUGGACCAGGAGUCCUGCAAUAACUACAAGUCCCCCAUCUGGGCUGAGGCGCAGGUCCCCGUCACGGUACCAGCCAACAAGCCCGACCCAGAUUUCGAGACGCUACAGCAGCAGAACAGCAGCACGGCCUACGUGAUCGGUGGUGUGAUCUCCUUUACGCUGGUGGUCGCUGUCGGGGUUCGGAUUGCCUUCAGCAAGGUGGCCCGACGCCCCCGGAACAGGGAGGUCAACAUGCCCAGGUCACUUGUGGACAUCUUGCGUCACCAGUCCAGUCCAGUCCAGCAGGGAGAGAGGAACAAUGCUGUGUUGACCACCAGCACCACCUCCAAGAACCUCUACACCCCUGUGUUGCAGAGCAAAGACAACCGCACUGGAAACUUGCACCACCAUUUUAACCAGCAGGGGUCUGCUUCCAGUCCCAAACAUUCUGCUACCAUUGAACGAGGCGCCCGCAUGAACAACAACCCCCAGCUUUCUUCCGGGCCCACCCUCAUCUCCAGCACCAGUAAAGGAAUGGCUGGCGGGGGUGGGGGGAUCAUUGGCGGCGGCAUGAGGCACAACAGCAGCCAUCAUUCCUUCUCUCACUCCUUCCAUAACCUGGCCCAACUGCCGCCAUCGUAUGAGGCCGCCAUGAAGCCUGAAAUCAACCGCUACAGUUCCCUGAAGAGACUCGAGAAAGAACUGGACGAGUACUCGGGGUACUACGGCUCCAAACGGCGCUCCACCAAUGCCCCGCCCUCGUUCCACUCCUCCCAGCACCACCUCCCCUGGGGGGGUGAGUACACUCUGGGAUCCAGAGGGACGUUGCCCCUGAACGGCUCCAGGCCCAGACUCCAUAUGCCUCCUUCCACGCCGAACCCGUACCCUCUGCCCGUCCAGACUCAGUACACCAGCUCUAGUUUCGACCGUCCUCCCCGGCGGGUCAGGUCCCAGGACCAGCUGCUGGCUUUUGGCGAGGGAAACACCCUGACACGCCUGUCCAAGAACCAGCAGCACCAGUACUACAAAGCCAUGAUGAAUCCCAGCAGGAGUUCGACGUCCCAGACUCUCCGCAGGUCCCACGAGAGACUCCUGGUCUCCCCAGACCGACUGGAGGAUCGCUUGAUGGGGAUGGGUCUCAUUGGAGGCGACCGAGGCGGAGGAGGGAUGGUUCCCACAAUGGGGCGGCUCAGCCACCACCAGAAGGCGCAGUCGCAGCAGAACAUCUGUGUCACGCCGUCCAUGGACCGACACCACAUGAUCAAGAUGAACUCGCACCCGACGUCCGGCCACGAGCACGAACGCAGCUCGGCGGGGAUGAUGCACGGCGGAUGGGAGCCUCACGGGGGCCACGGCGGAGCUCACCCGAAUGCCCGGCGCAUGGCGUUCGCCAGCAAGCGGCAGAACACCAUCGAACAGCUGCACUUCAUCCCGGGUGGGGGAGGGGGGCAGGGGCUGCGGACGGGGAGCAAGAACGAAGUGACCGUGUGAGGCGGCGAUGAGGAAGACCAGUAGACGUCAGACUGGGAGAAGGAAGAGGCUUUUUUUCUCGGGAAUUUGUGGCGAGCGUUCAGCGCGAGGUCACUCCGAUUUUCCCCGCUUCCAAAUCUAAAAUGGUUCCCAAUGAAGACCAACCCCACUGAGGUAGGUCUUUCCCCCAAACCUGAAGGCUAGGGGCAGUCUGCCAUUUCCUCCUCCGGCUGUGAUUUCAAAAACAAAUCCGGCCGGGGAGCUUCCAAAAAAGCCAAAAACGACACAAACUGUCUCACCAGCAUUUAAGGUGAGCGCUGGCAGAAGUUAGCUAAUGCUAGCCGAUGUUAGCUUGUCAUGGUUAGCUCCACUUCAAGGCUGUGUUGCUCGACCCAGUUUGAUUUAAGCGCACACAGCCAGAAGACGUUGCCAAAACCUGUGCGAUCGCUCACUAGCUGCUAGCUCAAAUAUUCCCGCCACAGCAACACAAAAAGCAGUGAUGUGCUCUGGCCUUGACUGAAAUUUGAAUUCUCGAUUAAAAAAAAAAAAGAAACCUACGAAGGAGGAGGAGCGAGCCUUUGUACAGUCGAAACCCGUUGGUGUGCCAUUUACGAAACAUUGUGCUGUGAGCCCGCGCUUAAAGAUAGUCCAUAUUUUAGCGGACGGAACUCCCUUUGAUUUCAUCAAAAUUGCAUGGGUCUGACUUUUCAAAAAAAAAAAAAAAAAAAAAGAAAAAAAACAACCUCUCAAAUGUGUUUUUUAUUGAAGCAGGGUGACCCCUGCGGGUCGACGAUGCCACACACUUCAGCUGCUCAACUCAUACGACAGGCUGCGUGGGGGGGUUGCUGUGGGGGGGUUGGGAUACAGGAGAGCAAAAUCUUUCCACUAAGGGCUAAACCGAACUCUCUUUGUGCGUCUUUGCUCUGUACAGUGUUGCCUCACUUAUGGUUUUAUCUCUGUGUCUUUGUCGGAGGCAUGCCCGUGUGCUAACUACCCAUUUUCGGUAUCGAGUGGAAAAAAAAUCCUGCCGCUUAUUCGGUGAACUUUUACGCGACUUUUAAUCACGUUUCUUUUCGGAGGAAUCAGCAUGGGAGAAGCCCUGGCCAUGAUGAUGUCAUACAUUUCUAUUUUCUAGAACUCUCCGAGCAGCCGUGAGCUUGAGCCUUGGGCCGCUCGGACUUGUAAAGGACUCGAGCUCGAGGUUCUCAUCUUCCACUCGGAGUGACCGCUAGUGUGUUUAACUUCCACACAUAUAUUAUUUUUUUAACCUCUGUGAACUUCCUACGUUUGAAACAUUUCUACAGGAAUUUAACUGUCUGGAGAAGAAAAAGAGCCGAUGCAAACAAAACGCAUGUCCGAUGCCAGCGUUGAUGAUGUCAUAGUGCUGACUUAUGAUGUCACGGUGUGUGUCUGUUUCUGUAUGUGUUUGUAGCCCCGUGUCUCCUUUGUCUUUGGAAUGCUGACUCUUUGUUUACAAGCUAACUUGGAUUACUUUAACAAGCGUUUGUCGUUCAUAUCAACAUUUCACAGAUUGAAAGACUGGUGUCUUCAGGGGCCGAAAACGGCCGCUGCAUUGUUCACUGAUGUUAUGAAGAAGAGGCAGCCUCGACUGUGACUGGAGGGUUUCCUUGGCGGCUACUUUAACAUGCAGGAUCAACACUUUUCUGUCGUCGCUUUACGAGCACAAAUGUGUGUGCAUCUUGUGUAGAACAAGACAUAUACAGCGAUGAAACCAGAGCAAACCAAUAUUGUGAACUAGUAAAGUACUCAGAGAGCGCAAACACCUGCCACUUCGUAAAAAACACGACAUUAAAUCUAAUCUACAAAAUAAUUUUUAAAUUUGAGUCCUAGCCGCUAAAUGGUGAUGCCGACGUUAGCAUGUUGUGCUAGCCAUCUUACUUAGCAACCCGAAAGUAACGUCACAUUUUGGGAAGUAGUUUAAAUUAUUGUAUUCUAUUUUAGGCUGUGUUUUAUAAAGUUUCCCAACGUAGCAUGGCGCCAGCUGCCAUGGCACAAAUGUGUGUACUUUUUGUGGAGGACAGGACCUUUGAUAUUAGUCAUAUACAGCGAUGAAACCAGAUCAAACCAAUAUUGUGAACUAGUAAAGUACUCAGAGAGCACAUACCUCUGCCACUUCGUAAAAUACGCAACAUUAAAUCAAAUCUAUAAUAUAAUGAUUACCUUGUUGUUGUGCUCACACAUGUCACAGAGUCCUAGCCGCUAAACGGUGAUGCCGAUGCUAGCAUGUAGCGCUAGCCAUCUUACUUAGCAACCCCAAAGUAACGUCACAUUUUGGGAAGUAGUUUAAAUUGUUAUAUUCAAUUUGAUUUUAAGCUGUGUCUUAUAAAGUUCUCCGACGCAGCAUGGCACCAGCUGUCGCGGCACAUGCCACACAUGCCACUGAUAAACACCUCUAAACCACCAAAGUUUCACCAUCGAUUCCCAACUCAGAUGAGGGUGUGAAUCUGCCAGCUUGCAUCCAGCCUGUUGCGUCAUGGCAUGUCUUCCUACCGACAGCAGUCGGCUGAACCAAAUUCCACGUGUCCUGAGAGGUGCGAUGAAAUGUCGACACGAAUCAGUCUUAUUUUAAGGGGAGUCGUCUGCAUGUUCAUCUAGCCCCGGGACGCCCACGCACAGAAUGCCAAGCAUUGUUUCCUAAAAUACCCUCUUUUACAUUCGUUCUGCUUUCCAUGUGCGGAGGGAAGGUUUGAGGUGAGCGUGCGCCCCUUAGGCCCAGCAGUCCUGCUGCCACCACCCGUAUAUCAGAGCUCCUCAGCGACAGGCACCAAAGGUCAUCCCCAACACAGAGUGGACUGUGAUACCAGAUUUAGGCUGGCUAGAAACAGUGUUUGGCUACAGGAGCCAGAAACACGACGGUGAACGUCGGUGAAACCGUUUUGUCCCUUUAUGGGUGUGAGUGGACGUCUGCGUGUGAUUGCAUCACCACUGUGGAAGGAGGCGGAGGAGGAACAGGCAUGGACAUAUUUGUAAUCUCAAAUCUACUCUGCAUACCUCAAACUGUAUGAUACAUUUAUUUACUACACCCCCUCUAAUAUGUCCGAGGUCCAAGCAAAAGUGAUGUGCGACCCUUUUGUUAUUGGUGAUUAACUCUUGCGUUUGUACAAAAUCAUACUGGUACGUUGAUAAUAAGAAUAAAAAAAAAAAAAUCCC